UCCCUCCGGCUGAAAAGCCAAGCAGAGGCUUACUCUUUUGGUUACGGUAACUGCCACAGAAGUUGGACGGUUUGCUGCCAGGUCUGCUACCUCCUCAGCUCCAGUGAUGCCGGGCCCUACUCCCAGCGGUACCAACGUGGGCGCCUCGGGCCGGUCUCCCAGCAAAGCUGUGGCCGCCAGGGCCGCAGGGUCUACAGUCAGGCAGAGGAAAAAUGCCAGCUGUGGGACAAGGAGUGCAGGCCGUACUACUUCAGCAGGCACAGGGGGUAUGUGGAGAUUCUACACUGAAGAUUCCCCUGGGCUCAAAGUUGGUCCUGUUCCAGUAUUGGUAAUGAGUCUUCUGUUCAUUGCUUCAGUGUUUAUGUUGCAUAUCUGGGGCAAGUACACACGUUCAUAGACUCAGCUGCAUCCAUCUUUCUGUCAGCAAUUGUAUUCUGGACCAAAAGCUUGGUGGACUUUAUAUGCAUGAAGAGAGACCUUUUUUGAAAGCUUACUGAUUUAUAAGGAACUUAAAAAAAAAAUGUACAAGUUGAUUUUCAAGACCUUUUUUAAUUUGUCUAUGAUGAACUUUAAAAUUUUCUUUAUAUCCCAACUCUGUUUUCUGAAGCCCAUCUUGUCACAGUUUUCAUCUGCCUAAAGAUUUACAGAUCAGGCAUAAUAAAAUGACAAGUACAAAUGGAA